ACACAAGCAAGCAGGCAGAGGAAGCCUAUUACAGCGAGAGAUAGAAGGCACUGAGAUUAGAAAUAAAAAGGAAAGUGUAUUACACACACACACACACACACACACACACACGAGGGGGCAGACAGACAUAGAGAGACAGACAGGCAGAUAGACAGACAGUGUGUGCGUGUGUGAGAGACGGAGAGAGCGUGCGCGCGCGCGCGUGUGUGUGUGUGUGUGUGUGUGAGAGAGAGAGGGAGGAGACUUCCAGCCACAUGAUGUGAUUAAGGAAAAUCUCGCAGUUUGUUUAUUAAACGACAGAAAAACAGGCGAGAGGGGUUAACUGUGUGUGUGUGUGGUGUUAUUGGGUCAGUUGGGAUCAGGAAGCUCUUCCUCAGUGUGUGAAGCGAUGAUUAUCUUCAGACAAUGACCUAAACUGGUUCUUGCUGGAACAGAGACUCUGCGUGUUGUUCAGUGUUAUUAGGAGGCCAUGUUGUCUCCCUCAGCAGAAGGCUUGCAGUCCGUUUACGAGUGGCUUGGGGGGCUCCGUCUUGAGCAGUACAGUCCGGCCUUCCAUGAGGCGGGUCUCAGAACUGUACGGGAAUGCCGGGAGUUGACUGCCUGUCAACUGGAGUGCAUGGGGGUGGCUUUGCCGGGCCAUCGGAAGCGCAUCCUAGGGAGCCUGCAGAAGCUUUUCCCUUCAGAACGAGUGAUCAGUGGCGAGGAAGAGGAAGAGGGACAAAGGCCUAUUCCAAAGGAAAGGACAAAAUUCCGCGCUUCUGCAGGCACUAACUCGGAAUUAAACUGCUCACGAACUGGUGGACCACAAGAUCAGAAACAGAACCUUCCCACUAAUAAUCCCGUGACUCAUAAGAAAGGUCCGCCCCCAAUUCCGCCUCGGGCAACUCAGAAUUGUCCUCCGGUACGGUUUUCGACUGUUUCCGUUACUGCGGCGAUGACCACCGGGGACGUGUCUGUGACUCCUAGUGAUCUCAUGUCUGUAUCUUUCACCAAGGUGGCUCAGCCAAGACCUGUGCCCUCUUCACUUCCUGUUCCAGUUCGGCCCCAGUCACGGAACCUGCCUGUUGCUCCAAGGCGGCAAACUGGAGAUCGGAAACCAUCACCAGUCUCACCAUUGCCUAUAUCACCAUUGCCAGUCUCAGCAUUGCCAGUUUCACCAUUAGCUAUCUCACCAUCACAUGUCUCUCCAUCUUGCUCCUCAUCCUCCUCAUUGUCUUCAUCAUCAUCAUCAUCAUCAUCAUCAUCAUCAUCAUCAUCAUCUGUAGCAGCAGCAGCAGUGGAACAGUUCCACCUGUAUGAACAAUGUUCUUCACCAGGUCUUGCUGAAUUAGGCAUUCCUCCUCUCCCUCCAAAAUCAUAUGCUGUAGUAACCCCCAGAGAGCCUAAAGUCACCCUGCCUACCAGGUCCCCCCGCAGACCCCCCAUACCCCCCCGUACCACCAAGGCAUCCAGCAGUAAGACCACACAUCCUCCCAGGAGCCCGAUAGCGCUCAGCUCGUCUCCAUCAGAUAAUCUCAGUGGUCUGGACGUCACAGCCCAGAUAAAAACCCGUGUAGAAACCUCUCAGCUAGCGGCCGUGUCGGUGCCCAGUCAGAGACGGUUGGACUCUACAGGCAGUUCAGACAGCUAUGAGGAGCUUGAAACGGCAAAGUCUGCAGGCAGCGAUCCUAUAGAAAUGGCAGAUAAGAGCACGUUCUUGCCUCUUCCCCGUGUGCGGGAGUCUCGGCGCAGCAGCCUGUACAGCGAUGAUGAGCUCCUUGAUGAGGAUGACGAGCCCGUGACAGAGAAGCGGCACUCGUGGAUCGAGGAUUAUAGCCGACUCUCUGGCAGCCAGAACAGCAUCUACCUGCCUGCCACAGGACCAGUGUUAGCCCCGCCUCCCAGGGACGACUCCACUCCCCAGCUCAGUCCGGUCAUCAAGAUGGGUUGGCUCGACAAGAAUCCUCCUCAGGGGUCUCUUAUCUAUCAGCGGCGUUGGGUCAAGCUGGACGCUGAUUAUCUACGAUACUUCGACAAUGACAAAGAUGUCUAUUCAAAGCGGAUCAUACCCACGUCCUCCAUCACUUCAGUGGCCAGUGUGGGAGAUCAGAAGUUUGAGGUGGUCACUCAUAACCGCACCUUCCUGUUUCGGGCUGAGAGUGACUUGGAGAGGAAUGAUUGGCUGUCUAUGCUACAAGAUAGCAUUAAUUCAUCUCGCCUGAAGUCCAGCUCUGAGUUGGCCCCAAACCCCUGUGUGACCUCAGAGAUGAAAGGCUACCUGGAGCUCCGCGGCCUGCGCUCUAAACUCUACACCAUAGUGUGUGGAGAUAAAGUGUUCCUUUACAAAAACGCUGAGGACUAUAAGCUGGGGAUUGGGAUCACGGCUAUAGAUAUGAAUGUUGGGAAUGUGAAGGACAUGGACAGAAGAGCGUUCGACCUGACCACACCUUACCGCAUAUUCAGUUUUGUGGCAGAAACUGACCAGCUAAAGGACCAGUGGAUGGAGGCGAUGAGGAACUCCAUUGCAGAAGCCCUUUCUAACUAUGAGGUUGCAGAGAAGAUAUGGUCAGAGCUGUCCAAUCAGAAAUGUGCAGACUGUAGUGCCACCAACCCCGAGUGGGCAGCUAUUAAUCUGGGUGUUGUCUUCUGCAAGCGCUGUGCAGGAGAACACCGCAGCCUUGGUCCGAGCAUAUCAAAAGUACGGAGUCUCAAAAUGGACAGAAAGGUGUGGACAGAUGAUUUAAUCCAGCUCUUUCUGGAGCUAGGCAACGAGCGAGCCAAUCAGUUUUGGGCAGCUAACAUCCCACCCAGCGAGGCCCUGACUCCAUCCAGUAGCAGCGACAAGCGCCGUCAUUUCAUCACGGCUAAAUACCGCGAAGGCAAAUACCGCCGCUACCACCCACUGUUCGGCAACCAGACAGAGCUCAACAACGCGCUGUGUAUUAAUGUGCAGUCUAACGAUGUGUGUGAGACUCUCGGCCUCGUCUUUUGCGGUGCCGAUGUGAACUGUGACACGGGUAUCCCAGAAUUCCCCACUCCCAUCACUUUAGCUCUGCAUCACGGCCAGAAGCUGCAGGUGGAGUUCCUCACUCAGAACCGCAACAUAGAGAUUCCAAGGUCAGAGGUCAAACUGGCCAUGCACACAGAGCACUACAUGGCUCCGCCCUCAAUCACACACAAUGGCUUCCUGUUUAAGACCGCCUCUAUGGCUCGUCCAAUCACGGAGCGGAAGAAUAAAGAAGAGUUCAGUAGGAGGUGGUGUGUUCUAAAUGAUGGACAUUUUAAUUACUAUGAAAGUGAUAAGAACGCAACACCAAAUGGAGGUCUGAAGAUGAAAGAGAUCGUCUGUCUGGCUGUCAAUCCUCCUGAGACUCACGGGUACGAUCACUCGUUUGAGAUUUACUCGGACGCAGAGCGUCUCUACCUGUUUGGGACGGACAAUCCCGACUCUAUGAAGGAAUGGGUCAAAUCCAUCGCCAAGUCGUUCAUCCCAGCUUGUGCUGAAGACCUGCUGCAGAAGGAUUUUGAACGGAUCGGCCGUCUGCGUUAUAAAGACCCUCUGAACCUGGAGAGCUGGAGGCUGGGCUGGUUCUGUCUUGAGGCAUCCACGCUGCACGUGUGUUUGGAGGACAGUAAGAGCCGUGAGAGCAUCCAGCUGCAGAAACUUCUGGAACUCUCGAGGGAUAAUGAAGUUCUGGUGCUCGUGGAGCGAGGCAGGACUCUGUACAUUGAGGGGGAGAGGAAGUUGGAUUUUCAUGGCUGGGUGUCGGCUAUCCAGCGGGCUGCUGGGAGGUCAGGAGACACACUGAGUCAGCAGCAGCUCACUGAGGCUGAUAUACCGCUCAUAGUGGAGCGCUGUAUACAUUACGUCACGCAAUAUGGCCUCACGUCAGAAGGUAUUUACCGUAAGAGUGGCGUGAACAGUAAGAUCGCUGCCCUGCUAGACACCUUCAGGAACGACGCUCGCUCCGUGUGGCUUAAAGAGGGAGAGCACCAAGUGGACGACGUGUCCAACGUCCUCAAGAGGUUCUUCAGGGACAUAGAGGAAGGACUGUUCGGUCCACAGUCACACAACUGGCUCAGCACUACGACUCUCUCAGAUGAAAGCAAGAAGAUUUCCCAGUAUCAGCUUCUUUUUGAAAAUCUGCCUCGAGUUAACAAAGCCACACUACGCACACUGGUCAAUCACUUAUUCUGUGUGCAGCAGUUUUCAGAACUGAACCAUAUGAACCUCCAUAACCUGGCAAUAGUUUUCGGCCCAACGCUUUUCCAGACAGACGGUCAAGACUACAACGCAGGGCGUGUGGUGGAAGACCUCAUACAGCACUACAUCACCAUUUUCAGUGUCAAUGAACAGCAGUUAAAGAGACAGCUUGACGAAAUCACCUACAUCAUUAAGUUACGAGAUAACCUCAAUCCUAAAACAGGACCGGCCAGUGGAGAUUUUAUCUGCACAGUGUAUCUGGAGGAGAAGAAAGAGACAGCUGAGCAGCAUGUGAAGAUCCCAGCCACCAUGACGGCGGCUGAGCUAGCCAUCGAGAUCCUGGACCGCAGGAAGAUCAGCUUCAAGGAGAAGGACUACUGGUGCUGCUUUGAGGUCAAUGAGAAAGAGGAGACUGAGCGUCCUCUGCACUAUCAGGAGCGAGUUUUGCCGAUCCUGCACAGUUUAGGGACAGACAGCCACCUGCUCAUCAAAAAGCACCUUGCCAUGGAGGCCAUGCUCAUCUACCUGGCCAGUAAAGUGGAUGUGACCAAACACGGCAUGCUGAAGUUUAAAGAGGAGCGCAGUCUGCUGGGGCUGAGUACAGGAAGCUUCAACGAUCGAUACUUCAUGCUGAACCAGACCUCGCUACGACUCUACAAAGAUGUCCGAAGUAAUCGUGCGGAGAAGGAGUGGCCUGUGAAAUGUCUGAAAGUUUAUCAGGGAAUAAAGAAGAAGCUCCGCCCACCGACAUGUUGGGGUCUGACUGUGGUGUAUGAAAGUGAGAAGCCUGAGAAACAGGACAAACAGCAAUGGUAUCUGUGCUGUGACACUCAGACAGAGAUGAGGGAGUGGUUUGCUACGUUUCUCAGUAUACAGCAUGCGGGUCUCCUGUGGCCAACAGAGUGGUUGAAGUCGCGUCCUGUCCCUCGUUCCUCUCCUCCUCUGGACUCUCGUCUCGGUAGUGUGUCGCUAAUUCCUCUGCGUGGUACUGAGAGUGAGAUGCGGAACAGCGUGGCUGCUUUCUCCGCAGAUCCCCUGGCUCUCUUAAGAAACCUAUGACCAUGAAGUGAUGAUGCCUCAGAAGAUGAAGAAUAUCCCCGAACGCACGACCCAAUCAGACCAGCUGGAUUCAGUCUCAUCCUGCUAGAUUGAUACGGUUAUCAAUGUUUAUCCCUCAUCUUCUGGAAAUCUUCUGGAUCUUCUGGAUCUUCUGGAAAGUUCUCCCAGCUGUUUUUAGACUUUAAACCCUUCCAGAACACGUCACUUCCUGCAGUUGCACUGUGGGACAUCAAUCGUAAAUCCUUCUGGAAAGUCCUUUUGGAUAUCGUAAGUGUUCGUUGGACCAAUGUGAAGUUCUUAGAAGGUUUUAAAAUGUGGACUGUGGACUGCAUCGUGGUGUGUGUGUGUGUGUGUGAGAGAGAGAGGGAGAGAGAGAGAGAGAGAGAGAGAGAGCAGUUUUGUGCACAAGGUUCAGUCACAUUUUAUUCUGUAGUCUGGAUACAAUUCUACCGAUGUUAAUAAGAAUAAAACACUCAAUAGCUGCAGGUCAGGCUGUUAGGAAUUAUUAACAUCUUAUUAACACACACACACACAUCUCCUGUAGCACUGUCUCUUCAGAUUAACCUUCUGAUUAUUAAAUUAUUUAUUUUAAUUUUUCUUUUGUUCAGGUCAACUUUAGUUCACAAUCAUUUCCUAAAAUCACAUCUCAGAAAUUGAGAUUUUUUUUCUUUUACAUUUCUCUACAUUUUUUAUUUUCUUCAUUUGUGUGUAUUUUACUGGACUGUUACUGAAAGUGUAUUUAGUAAUAAUUAAUGUACAUUGAUUAAAUUAAAAGUUAUUAUUUAGUCUUAUUAAGUUCUGAAAAAUGAAUGAUUGUGCUGUCUUUCUACACUCUGUGUGUGUGUGUGUGUGUGUGUGUGUGUGUGUGUGUCACUGGUUUAAAAAAAGACACACAUGGAAGAUGUUAGCUUUCAUCUAUAAGUUCGAUGAUGCUAACAUUUUUAUUCAGUGGUUUUGUUUAUUUUCUGAUCCCUGUUUUGAAGAUAACUCCACCCUCUGCUAAAUUUUACCCUUAGCAUUUUUAACUUAUUAAAAUCUGAAAGAAUGUUAGCCUUCACUGUAUAGAGUAUUCCACUGAGUUUUAUGUCAAAUAACGAACAGAAUGUUUUAUCUGAAAAAUGUUGAUGAGAAGCUAAGUCAAGGUUUGAAACAGCGAUUUUGCCAGUUAGCAUCUGUUAACAUCUGUACUGGGGUUUACUUGAUCAUUAGACAGCUUGAAUUUAAUGGCUAAAAUUUAGCUUAAAAUUAGUAAGAUAAGAACAUGUACUUUAGCUUUAUCUCACUGAUUUUUUUAAAAAACAGAUUUUAGAUUUAUUUGGAAUUGGCUGACCUUUCUCUGAAGAAAUUAAUUGUAUUUUUUAUAGUAUUGACUGGUGUUUAAUGUACAAAGUUAUGAAUGUUUAAUAUGUUGACUGAUCCAAUCAUUGCACCAUUUUAGAGGAACAGCGAUGCGCCUCAUCUGGACUAAUUUUGUAAUAUAAUCAUUAUAAAUUCAGCAAGAACAGAUCCAUCAUACACACAUGACUGAUUAUACACAUCCACAUUAAAUACCUCCAACAGCA